CGAGGAAUUUUCCCCUUCCCGGAUUUCUACGCGAGCUUCAACUUCUUUUUUUAUCCCAAAAAAAGAAAAUUUUGGGGAUUUUUUCCCGCCGGGAAGCGCCGCUGGAAAUGGGAAUUUCCCCCCUGGAGCGCCGCGUGCUGAUCCCAGGCCCCCCGCCAUGAAGCACUGCUUCUACAACGAGACCGUCGGCUUCUUCUACAACAACAGCCGCAAGGAGCUGAGCGCGCACUGGCGGCCCAAGGACGUGCUGGUGGUGGCGCUGGGGCUGGCGGUCAGCGCCGUGGUGCUGCUGACCAACCUGCUGGUCAUCGCCGCCGUGGCCACCAACCGCCGCUUCCACUACCCCAUCUACUACCUGCUGGCCAACCUGGCGGCCGCCGACCUCUUCGCCGGCGUGGCCUACAUGUUCUUGAUGUUCCACACGGGGCCUAGGACCGCCCAGCUGUCGCUCAAGACGUGGUUCGUCCGGCAGAGCUUGCUGGACACCAGCUUGACGGCUUCGGUGGUCAACCUGUUGGCCAUCGCGGUGGAGCGGCACCGGACGGUGCUGACCAUGCAGCUGCACAGCGAGAUGUCGGCCCAGCGCGUGGUGGGGCUGAUCUUCUCCAUCUGGGCGGCGGCGUUGCUGCUGGGCUUGAUCCCGUCCUACGGCUGGCACUGCCUGUGCUCCUUGGAGAGCUGCUCCCGGAUGGCGCCGCUCUACAGCCGCAGCUACCUGACCUUCUGGGCCGUGUCCAACCUGGCGGUCUUCCUGGUCAUGGUGGUGGUCUACGGGCACAUCUUCGUCUACGUCAGGAGGAGGAUGGCGCGCAUGGCGCGGCACACGGGCGCGCACCCGCGGCACCGCGACACCGUGCUGGCGCUGGUCAAGACCGUCACCAUCAUCCUGGGUGCCUUCGUGGUGUGCUGGACUCCAGGCCAGGUGGUUCUGCUGCUGGACGGGCUGGGCUGCCAGAGCUGCGACGUGCUGGCCGUGGAGAAGUACGUGCUGCUGCUGGCCGAAAUCAACUCCCUAAUUAACGCCAUCGUUUACUCCUGGCGCGAUAACGAGAUGAGGAACACCUUCCGGCGGCUCCUGUGCUUCCCGUGCCUCCGGAAUUCCAAGUACGCCGCCCCGGAGCGGGGGCUGCAUUCCCACAACGGCCACUUCACCGUGGAUUCUUCCAUUUAG